UGGUUCGGCGCGGGGGCCGUUGGCUCCAGACAAAUAAACAUGGAGUCCAUCUUCCAUGAAAAACAAGAAGGCUCACUUUGUGCUCAACAUUGCUUGAAUAACCUGUUACAAGGAGAAUACUUCAGCCCUGUGGAAUUAUCUUCAAUUGCACACCAGCUAGAUGAGGAAGAGAGGAUGAGAAUGGCAGAAGGAGGAGUUACUAGUGAAGACUAUCGCACAUUUUUGCAGCAGCCUUCUGGAAAUAUGGAUGACAGUGGCUUUUUCUCUAUUCAAGUUAUAAGCAAUGCCUUGAAAGUUUGGGGUUUAGAACUAAUCCUGUUUAACAGUCCAGAGUAUCAGAGGCUCAGGAUCGAUCCCAUAAAUGAAAGAUCAUUUAUAUGCAAUUAUAAAGAGCACUGGUUUACAGUUAGAAAAUUAGGAAAACAGUGGUUCAACUUGAAUUCUCUCUUGACGGGUCCAGAAUUAAUAUCGGACACAUACCUUGCACUUUUCUUGGCUCAGUUACAACAGGAAGGUUAUUCUAUAUUUGUUGUUAAGGGUGACCUGCCAGACUGUGAAGCUGACCAGCUCCUACAGAUGGUCAGGGUCCAACAGAUGCAUCGACCAAAACUUAUUGGAGAAGAAUUAGCACAACUCAAAGAACAGAGAGUCCAGAAAACAGAUCUAGAACGCGUCUUAGAAGCAAAUGAUGGAUCAGGAAUGUUAGACGCAGAUGAGGAGGAUCUGCAGAGGGCUCUGGCGCUAAGUCGCCAAGAAAUUGACUUGGAAGAUGAAGAAGCAGAUCUCCGCAGGGCCAUUCAGCUCAGCAUGCAAGGUCCUUCCAGAAAUAUAUGUCAAGAUAUUCCACAGACGUCAGGUACACAUCUUACUUCAGAAGAGCUACGGAAGAGAAGAGAAGCCUACUUUGAAAAGCAGCAGCAGCAGGAGCAGCAAGAUCCACCAGGACAUCCACGUGAAAAGCCGAACACAAGUUCAGGAGCACUUGACAGUGAUCUAGGUGAUGCUAUGAGUGAAGAAGACAUGCUUCAGGCAGCUGUGACCAUGUCUUUAGAAACUGUUAGAAGUAAUUUCAAAACAGAAGGAAAAAAAUAAUACCUUUCACAAAUCAUUUAGAUAUUCAGUCUUUCCAAUAUUGUCCUGUGUGUUUACAGCAUAGGGUCCAUUUUGGUAAUGUGUCAAAGAGAACAAUUUUCAACAGAGGAAAUAAGACUUAGGUGGUUUGCAAACAAAAAGCUGAGAGGGUGAAAAAUACAUCAGUUGUAGGACUAAAUAAUGAUCCUCCAAACACUAGCCAAAGAGGCAUUCAGCAAUUAAAGAAAUUUAAAAUAGUUUUCUAAAUGUUCUUUUUUCUUUUUUGAGUGUGCAAUAUCUAACAUGUUUAAAAUUAGGGCAUUUUUCUUGGAUCUUUUUGCAGACCAACUAAUUAUAACCAGCUAUUGCCACAGAACUUUUCCCCCACAUUUUAUCUUCUUUUCCACCCUUCUGCAUAGGGAAUUUGGCUGACUCUCAUCAUCUAAAAGUUGCUCUUAUUUCUCUUUAACCAAAUUAACCUUUUAGGACAGUGUCUCUCCUCUGUGUUGGUAAUAGUAACAGUUCCAGAAGGAUAAGCUGUUUACCCUCUGACUAUGUAUUGUGCACUUGGGUGUUUUCUCAUGUUAUUUUCUCUGAUCACAAUUUCUCUGCUACGUGGUUUUCAUUACUUUCUACAACUCUUUUGAAAGAUGGUAAUGUUUCUUGAGGUUUUGCUUUUUAAGCCCUCUAAGAUGGGAUCAUUAUUUCAUGAUUCUGGUGCAUUCCUAAACUCUG